GUCGCAUUAGAACAAAUAAUCCCUUCGUUUUUCUUAAGGUAUUGGGCAUAAUACUUCAUUUUUCUCCUCACCGAAAGAACUGUAAGUGUUACUGCGAUAAUAGAAGUUGCCUAUGAGAAGGUAGUUAAGCGAUUAGGUAAACGGGAAGAAAGGACAUAAAAAAUAAAAUACUGCGGAGGAAUUUUUCUCAAGCUGUGAGACGCUGAAGAAGAGUGAAUGCGAUCGAGAGGGGCUUAGAGAAUUGUCCUCUUUGCAGGGAACCUUCUUUAGCCCCAGGCCCCUGCCAGCCUCUGUCGUCAACAGAGAGAUGGAAACUUUGAUGACUAGUUCCACACUGCCUCCCCUUUUUGCAGAUGAAGAUGGCUCCAAGGAGAGUAGUGAUUUGGCUACAACUGGGCUAACCCACCCAGAGAUUCCAUAUAGUAGUGGAGCCACAUCAUCCACCAACAAUCCAGAAUUUUUGGAGGCUCUCUCCCAAGGUCAGUUGCUUCAGAAUGAGCCUUCAAACACAGCAGAAGGCAAUGAGCAGAGGCAUGAAGAUGAGCAAAGAAGUAAACGAGGAGGGUGGUCCAAAGGAAGAAAAAGGAAGAAACCUCUUCGAGACAGCAAUGCACCCAAAUCCCCCCUUACAGGAUAUGUUCGGUUCAUGAAUGAGCGUCGAGAACAGCUUCGAGCAAAGAGACCAGAAGUCCCAUUUCCAGAAAUUACAAGGAUGUUAGGCAAUGAAUGGAGUAAACUGCCUCCUGAGGAAAAACAGCGCUACCUUGAUGAAGCAGACAGAGAUAAGGAGCGUUACAUGAAGGAACUGGAGCAGUAUCAGAAGACUGAGGCCUACAAGGUCUUCAAUAGGAAAACCCAAGACCGUCAGAAAGGCAAAUCUCAAAGACAAGAUGCAGCCAGACAGGCCACUCAUGAUCAUGAGAAAGAAACAGAGGUAAAGGAACGGUCUGUUUUUGACAUCCCUAUAUUCACAGAGGAAUUCCUGAAUCACAGCAAAGCUCGGGAGGCAGAGCUCCGCCAGCUUCGCAAAUCCAACAUGGAGUUUGAGGAGAGGAAUGCAGCCCUGCAGAAGCACGUGGAGAGCAUGCGCACCGCAGUGGAGAAGCUGGAGGUGGAUGUGAUCCAGGAGCGCAGCCGCAACACUGUCUUACAGCAGCACCUGGAGACCCUGCGGCAGGUCCUAACUAGCAGCUUUGCCAGCAUGCCCUUGCCUGGAAGUGGAGAGACGCCUACACUGGACACCAUUGACUCAUAUAUGAACAGACUGCAUAGUAUUAUUUUAGCUAAUCCCCAAGACAAUGAAAACUUCAUAGCUACAGUUCGAGAAGUUGUGAACAGGCUUGAUCGUUAAGGAAUGGUCUUAGAGCUCCAAGAUGUUCUGUAAAUGGUUAGAUUUGUGAGGAAUGAGAAGCCAUCUGUGGACAUUUGAACUGAGUGGAGGCAGAGGAGUACAGAUGACUCUGCUUGUGUGGGAACUAUCAGCUGUGUGUUAAAUGCCUUCACCCCAGAAAGCCAUAUGAGGAGCAGAAAAAAGAACAUAAGAACAUGUUAACGAACUUCCUUUGGAAUCACCCUUGUGAAGCUUUGAAAGCAUGCAACCACUCUCCCAAGUCUUCAGUUUCCUAUCGUCUGCUUUUCUGUGUCUGCAUAUAUUCUGCUGACAUCUUAUGCAGCAAAAAAGAAGCCUUCUCAUUGUUCUACUUUAGAUUGGACCUUUUAAUCAGUGAUGCUUUGGUUUUGUCUGCCUGUCACUUUUUUAAUGCAUUUGGGGGUUAUAUUUUUAUUCCCUUUACCCUCACAAAAUUAUACAUCUCCAUUUUCUGACCACUGGGCAUUGCUGAUCAACAGGGUUCUGAAAGAGUUUCUCUUAUUGGACAGGCCCAAUCUUCUCCUAUCUUUGUCCUGCUGUGACUCCAGAGAAAGGGUCUUCUUGUUCACAGCAGUCUGUGCAAGAUGUUGUUUCCUGUGCCACACAGUGCCUGGUGAGUGCCAGCCCUCACUCCAGCCCUUGAGGAGGCUUUGUGAGUGUUGCCCCAAGAAGAAUAUACCUCCUCAGUACUGCCUGCUGUUUUCUGAGGUUUACUCUUGCACAUACCCUGCAUUUCAGCCCCAGUAAGGUUCUUCUGUUCCCAUCUGUUGACAGUGUCUUGUGGAGCAUUUUUUUUUUUAAAGGAGAGAACAUUGGUAAAUAGGAGAGAACAGGAAAAGUAGUUUCUCAUUUGGCAUUGAAAAAAAACCCUGAAGUUUAUAAGUAAAAACUGACACCGUCUGCUCUAGGCAUACUGAUUCAUGGAUGUGGGUAGGUGAGGUGUCAUCAUAGUAGUCGAGUGAACUGACAAAAAGGGCACAGAGAAAUUCUCAAGUCAUUUGUCUUCCUUCUGUAGCCAUACUGUAGAAUCUAUGUCAAAAGAACAGGCUUUUCUUUCUUCUUCCCCCUUAGUAAGUAUAAUAAAAAAAAACACAUACACACCCAAAAGGGGACAGGAGUUUCUGACUCUUACCUUACAGUUUGGGUUUGUCUUGAUGCGCUACAGCACAAGGCUGACAAUUGCAGCUCUGAUCUUUGGAACCAAACCCAGGCAUGCUGAGACCAUUGUCCAGGCAUCAUGCCAUCAGAGCAGGUAGAAGUGUGGCCUCUUCACAACAUGCUCACAAGUCAAGGUGCAAACAAGAAACCCACUGUCACAUUGCUGCACCAUCCUAUCUUCCCAGCAUCUCCGUACCUGAUUUCUUCAAUAGCCCAAAGGAAAUAAAAGAACAACAAAAAACAGCCUUCUUCUUUUUCUUUCUUUCUUUUUUUUUUUUUUCUUUAGAAAAAGGAAAGGAGAGAGAGAAGAGGGGGGCUGGGAGAGAGACAUUGAUUCAUCG